AAAAAAAUUAGGGAAUGGGAGGAAACAGCUAACCGCCCAAAAACAAGAGAGGAGAGAGAGGGGGAGGAGAGGGAGAGGAGAGAGAGAGAGAAGAAGGAAUAAGCUAAACCUAAAAGAGGAAGGAGAGAGAGAGAGAGGGUGAAGAAGAAGAAGGAAGAUGAAAAGCAGAAUGCUAAUAUGUUAUUUGACCUCUCAAAUCAGCAAGUAAUUGACUGCACUUAUUAUACAAGCAAAGGAAAAAGAAGAGCAGUUAUUGGAGAGAGAGAGAGAGAGAGAGAGAGAGAGAGAGAGAGAGAGAGAGAGAUUCAUCAAUCAAUCCCUCUGAGUCCGUCUUAUCAAUUUCAACCCCCAUACUUGCUUAUAGCUUUCAAGAUCAUAAUCUCAACUGGGUGUCCAUUGUUUUCAAAUUUUUGAUUGGAGUAGAAGAAAACUGAGAGAACCCAUGAGUCUUCUUCCGUUUGAGCUCGGUUUGCUGCCAUUUCCAGAACUGGGUUCUUCAUUUCAUUGAAGACUUUCAACUGGGUUGGUGGGUUUUGGUGCAAAGCUUCAAGCUUUGGAGGUUUCUGCUGCCAUGGAUACUCCGCCGGCGGAGGAGCUUCUGAAGAAGAUCCAAGUGCUGGAAGCGGGUCAGGCCGACCUCAAGAAGGAGAUGACCAAGCUCAGGCACUCCGAGGAUGUCAAAUCAGAGCACCAGAGGGCCCACUCCGUCUCGCCGCAGCGCUCAAGGUUCUCGUCUGUGCCCAGAAGGAGAGUCGCUGGGGGCGGCGGUGCUGCUGGUAAUGGAGGUCACGAUGCGGCGGCUUGGAAGAGAGGGUCUUCUUCAUUUCGGCAUUCCUCGCCGCUUCAGAGGGAGAGCCGCAGCCAUGAUCCUCCCACUGGAGGCAGUGGCGGCGGCGGCGGCAGUGGAGGAAGCAGUAGCGCCGGACCUUCAGCUGUGAACUUUACUGACAGGCAGUAUCUGAACAUAUUGCAGUCAAUUGGGCAAUCUGUGCAUAUAUUUGAUAUCAAUGGGCUUAUAAUUUACUGGAACAAAACUGCUGAAAAUUUAUAUGGUUAUUCUGCGGCUGAAGCACUUGGACAUAGUCCCAUUGAGCUCUUAGUAGAUCCUCAAGACUAUGCUGUAGCAAACACUAUAAUCCAUCGUGUCAGCAAGGGGGAGAGCUGGACUGAGUUCCCUGUCAAGAACAAAGCUGGGGAGAGGUUUACGGCCGUUGUAACAGAUACUCCAUUCUAUGAUGAUGAUGGCACUUUUAUUGGGAUUAUUUGCGUGUCAAGUGAUAUCCGGCCCUUUCGAGAAAUUAAGAUUCCAAUGUCAGGAGUAAAGCCCCCAGAAUCAGAUUCAAGCUACAGCCGGUCUAGAGCUCGUGUUACUGCUAAACUUGGCCUUGAUCCUCAGCAGCCUCUACAAAAUGCCAUUGCAUCCAAAAUAACAAAUUUGGCAUCCAAAGUGAGCAACAAAGUAAAGUCAAAAAUUCGGGUGGGAGAAAACAACAUAGAUCACGAAGGUGAGAGUGGUUGUCAUCAUUCUGAUCAUGGUUCAGAUUGUGUUCUCUCUGAUCAUAGGGAGGAUGCGAAUUCAAGUGGGGCUAGCACACCUAGAGGAGAUUUGCCCCUAUCUCCUUUUGGAGUAUUCUCCAAUAUUGAUGAGAAGUCUCCAGGAAAGCCCUACAAAGAUUCUGGUGAUGAGAGUGAAGGAAAACCUUCGAUCCAGAUGAUGAUAUCCUCAAAAGCAGAAUCAUGGAUGGGUAAGAAAGGGAUAACAUGGCCAUGGAAAGGAAAUGGGCGAGAAGGGCAAGAGGCUAAGAAUACUCAUUUUGUUUGGCCUUGGUUGCAUAAUGAACAUGAGAAUGAUUCAGCUCAUCAGAAGAUAUUUGGUUCAAAACCAGAAAGUCGGGUGAAUGAAAAUAACCGAACUCCAAAUAAUGAGGCCACAGGAUCCUGGACCUCCUCAUUUAAUGUUAACAGCACAAGCAGUGCCAGCAGCUGUGGAAGUACUAGCAGCAGUGCUGUGAAUAAGGUGGAUGUAGACACUGACAGCCUGGACUACGAAAUCCUAUGGGAAGAUUUGAUAAUUGGAGAACAAGUUGGGCAAGGAUCAUGGGGAACCGUAUACCAUGGUCUGUGGUAUGGAUCAGAUGUUGCUGUCAAGGUAUUCUCCAGGCAAGAAUAUUCAGAAGAUGUGAUAUUUUCCUUCAGACAAGAGGUGUCUCUCAUGAAAAGGCUUCGACAUCCAAAUGUUCUGCUUUUUAUGGGAGCUGUGACUUCACCUCAGCGUCUCUGCAUCGUAACUGAAUUCCUCCCUCGUGGAAGUUUGUUUCGCUUAUUACAAAGGAACACAUCAAAACUAGACUGGAGGCGACGUGUUCUUAUGGCGAUAGAUAUAGCACGAGGCAUGAAUUAUCUUCAUCAUUUCAACCCACCUAUCAUUCAUCGAGAUCUGAAGUCUUCAAAUCUCCUAGUUGAUAGGAACUGGACGGUCAAGGUUGGUGAUUUUGGUCUUUCACGUCUUAAGCACGAAACAUUUCUCACAACCAAGACCGGGAAGGGCACGCCUCAAUGGAUGGCACCAGAAGUUCUACGUAAUGAACCCUCAGACGAGAAGUCUGAUAUAUACAGCUAUGGGGUGAUAUUGUGGGAGCUUGCUACUGAGAAGAUCCCUUGGGAUAAUCUGAACUCAAUGCAGGUGAUUGGAGCUGUAGGGUUCAUGGACCAAAGGUUAGAGAUCCCAAAGGAUGUGGACCCACAAUGGACUUCUUUGAUUGAGAGCUGCUGGCAGAGUGAUGCAGCUGCCAGGCCAACAUUUCAAGAACUGCUGGAGAGGCUCAGAGACCUGCAGAGACAGUACAAUCUUCAGUUCCAAGCAGCGCGUACCGCCACGGGUGAUAACGCCCCGAAAGAAUUGUAGCCCCUCCCGGCUGGAUCUUUAUGUUGCAUCAGUGUUCUCACUUCCCUACCACUGUGUGGAUGAAUCGAAGCAGAACAGUGACAAAACGGGUAAAUUAGCCAGAGACAGCCCCCAAAUGGCAUGUCGUAUUGGAACCACAAAGUUGGAAAGUCAGAUGGCACAAACGGCAUGUCGUAUUAAAACGGUUGAUGGGUUUGGUUGUGAUGGUUAAUGUGUGGGUGUAGUGCGAGAGGGAGUCAUGUCGGUUGGAUUGGAUCACAUGAUAAUAUGUCACCAGUUUUUGUGAUUUAUAAAAAAAUGUAAAAAAAUAUGAGGGAAACAAAAAAAAAAAAAAAAAAAAAAAAAAACUUGGCAGCGGGUCAAUCUGUAUUCAUUUGAGUAAAUAGAGUGAUCAAUCUCUCUUUUGCAUAAUAAACCAUCUCUAUUACUUUUACUUUUUACCAUUUUUAGAUGGGAUGAUCUUUUGCGGAAUAAAGCUGGAAAUUCAAUGGGUGAUUUGUCGA